AUGUUUAGACACUGCAUGCUGGCAGAUAUUGAAAUCGAGGAGUUCGAAGCGCAUUGGGAAUCAAUGGUCAAUGAGUGCGGUGUUAGGGAGGUUGAGUGGGUUAAGGAGUUGUACGCUAAAAAGCACGCUUGGGCAACCGCAUACAUUCGUGGUAGAUUUUUUGCUGGAGUACGGACAACCUCUAGGUGCGAGUCACUACAUGCCAAACUAGGGAGGUUUGUUGAGAGCAGGUACGGGGUGUUAGAAUUUGUCAGAAAUUUUCAAAGGUGUGUGAACUUUCUUCGUGACACCGAGGACGAGCUAGACUUUCGUUCAUGGUACGGAACACCUGUGCUACAAACAGAGUUUGUUGAGCUGGAAAAGUCUGGAUGGAGUAUGUUCACCCGCGAAAUGUUUCUCAGAUUCCGGGAUAGCCUGAAACGAUGUGUUCGUGUUAGAAUAUGCGAAUUUAAUGACAGUGAGAACCCUCAUGCAUAUACUCUCCAGAAGUAUCGGAGGCCUGAGAUGAAUUGGAAGGUAUAUAGGGACCAUAUCUCGAACACAUUUAGUUGCACCUGCAUGCGUAUGGAGUCGUUUGGCUUUCCUUGUGUGCAUAUCCUUUCCGUGUGUGUAAGUCUAGACUUGGUGGAAAUCCCUGAAAGCCUUGUCCUCCGUAGAUGGUCUAAGGCAGCCAAAUUGGAGAUCCAUAACCAAUGUGUUGAGCAACAUACUGCUGACCCAAGUGUGACCUAUAGGACACGAUUGGGUGCUUUCUCCCAGCUGUAUAAGCGUUUAGGGCGCGUUGCUUGCAUGAGUGAUGAAGACUUCAAAUUUUACUCAAAGAAGCUUCUGAGCGAUGCUCUGUUCCUUGAAAUAAAGUACGGCUUAAGACCAUCAACGGAUGAUAUCACAACAGCAAAUGAUUGCGGGGUGAAGGACCCUAUUCGUGUCAGAACAAAAGGCACGGGUCGGAUGAGCCAAGCAGGCGGUUCUGCGUCGAAAACAAAAAGAAAGUGCAGCACAUGCGGGAAGCUAGGGCACCGGAGGACUAGAUACCCCAACGGAGCCGCGCAAGCGCCAACGAGGAACAAUGAAUCACAUGGUGGAAGAAAUAAACGCAAGCGAUCAAAGGUACCCGUCGUUGUCCCAGAUAAUUGUCAGGCUGAAAAUGCAUGUCAAGCUGGAAGCGACAAAUGGGAGCACUUUUCGCUUGCAGACCCAUGA